AUGGUUCGCUUGCAGGCUGCGCAUCAUCAUCCUCCACCAGGGCAGCACAAUCCCCGCAAUGCCGAAAUAAGUCGUCGGUUGGGAACCCCGAACGGUAGCAGUACCAACAAUACCAACACCAACAACGGCAGCCACGCCGCCAUGUUUUGCAGUCGUCAGAGUAUCUUGACGCUGACGGUGGGAGUGUUGGUGGGUUACAUUCUCUUACCCGUGUUGUUGGUGGAGAUGGAGUUGCAGGACCUGAUGGGAGCACUGCCGGACUGGGAAACGACCGGCAGUGGGCCGUACGCCCGCCCGUCGCCUCCGGAGAUGCUGCACCAGGGUCUCUACAGUACCGCACGCAUUCCGGCAUCCUUGUCCGAGACGCCGCGUUUGCGCAGUGUCGAGCAGGAACCGCCGCGAACGCUCGAAGCUGCUCCGCGGGACUUUGCCGGUGUCGUGGCGGAAGGCGUCACCGAUAUCGAAAAACGAAUCGUGCAAGAUCACGAUCUGCUCGGGAGACAGUCCUUGCCCACCGCAACGACGCCCUACAUUAUGCCCACCAAGGUCUUGCCCGAUCAUCAACGCAAGAAGAUUCUCGUCACGGGAGGAGCCGGAUUCGUCGGCAGUCAUCUCGUGGAUAAACUCAUGAUGGAUGGGAUGGAAGUCAUUGUCGUGGAUAACUUCUUUACCGGACAAAAGAAAAACGUGGCGCACUGGUUGCAUCAUCCCAAUUUCAGUCUCGUGGUGCACGAUGUCACCGAACCAAUCCAACUCGAAGUAGACGAAAUCUACCACUUGGCCUGUCCGGCGUCACCUCCGCAUUACCAGUACAAUCCGGUCAAAACCAUCAAAACGUCCACCAUGGGGACCCUCAACAUGCUCGGACUCGCCAAACGCGUCCGCGCCAAGAUUCUACUCACCAGCACCUCCGAAAUAUACGGCGAUCCCAAGGUACACCCACAGCCCGAAUCCUACUGGGGAAACGUUAACACCAUCGGACCCCGCUCCUGCUACGACGAAGGCAAACGCGUGGCCGAGACCAUGAUGUACAGUUACAAGAACCAAAACGGCGUCGACGUCCGCGUCGCACGGAUAUUCAACACCUUUGGUCCGCGCAUGCACCCCAAUGACGGACGCGUCGUUUCCAACUUUAUCAUACAAGCCCUGCAGAACAAGAACAUGACUAUUUACGGCGAAGGCAAACAAACACGAUCCUUCCAGUACGUUACCGAUCUCGUCGACGGUCUCUACGCGCUCAUGAACGGCAAUUACGAUCUUCCCGUCAAUCUCGGCAAUCCGGAAGAAUAUUCCGUCAAGGACUUUGCCACCUACAUUCAAGAACUCACCAAGAGUACGUCGGACAUUAUCUUCUUACCCAAAUCCGAGGACGACCCCUCCCAACGUCGACCGGAUAUCACCACGGCCAAGCGAGAACUGGGCUGGGAACCCCAGGUCAAGGUACAAAAAGGCUUGGAAAAGACCAUUGAAUACUUUGCCCGUGUUUUGGAAAGUGCGGGGGAAAUCAUUCCGACCGGACCCGGGGCCGCCAAGCCCGAAGCCUAA